AUGACCGAGCAGAUAGAAGUCGAGUCUAUGGAGUUGGCGGCAGUCGCACACAUCAAGGCAACUAAGAACGACACAUUUGUUCAUAUAACAGACAUGACUGGGUCGGAAACGAUUGCAAAGAUCACGGGAGGAAUGAGAGUUAAGGCACAGCGAGACGAAGGAUCUCCUUAUGCAGCCAUGCUUGCAGCACAAGACGUUGCCGAGAAGAUACUUGGGCGUGGGGUGAAGGUGCUUCACUUUAAGCUUCGAGGGGCUGGAGGAGUCAAGCCUAUGGCUCUUGGGCCUGGAGCACAGACGGCCAUAAGGACUUUGAUCCGAGCAGGGCUUAAGGUCGGGCGGAUUGAGGAUGUUACGCCUGUUGCAAGGGAUCGUGUCAGGAAGCGUGGAGGGCACCGAGGAAGAAGAGUUUGA